AUGGGGAGUUGGCCCCGUGAUAAGACCGGGCCGCGUCUCCCCUCUCCCGUUCCCAUUCCCCACUUCCCCACCUGUUCUAGAACCCAAACCCUAGCGGCCAUGGAUCCGUCCAAGCUGAGCGAGCUGCGCUCCUUCGUGGAGGCGUGCAAGAAGGACCCGGCCCUGCUCGCCGACCCCGCCCUCGCCUUCUUCCGCGACUACCUCACCUCCCUCGGCGCCACCCUCCCCGCGUCCGCCGCCGCCGCCGGCAAGCCCGCGCCCAAGGCGAGGUCCAUGGACGACAUCGACGACGACGACGACGAGGAGGAUGAGGGGGAGGGGGAGGACGACCAGGACAUGCGCGACCCCACCCCCGAGCCCGACGAGCUCGACGAGGAGAUCGUCGAGUCCGACCUCGAGCUCGACAACGACGGCGUCGUCCACCCCGACCACGACGACGCGCCACAGAAGAUGGGAGACUCUUCCGUCGAGGUGACCGAGGAGAGCCGUGACGCCUCCCAGGAAGCAAAGGGCCAGGCAAUGGAAGCAAUGUCAGAAGGGAAACUGGAAGAGGCCGUCGAGCAUCUCACCAAGGCUAUACUGCUGAAUCCAACCUCGGCAAUCAUGUAUGGUACCAGAGCAUCUGUGUUCAUCAAAAUGAAGAAGCCUGCUGCUGCCAUCCGUGAUGCGAACGCUGCUCUAGAGAUCAACCCAGACUCUGCAAAGGGCUACAAGACCCGUGGGAUGGCUAAUGCCAUGCUUGGCAAGUGGGAGGAAGCUGCUCGUGAUCUGCAUGCUGCGUCAAACAUUGACUACGAUGAUGAGAUCAAUGCUGUGCUCAAGAAGGUGGAGCCUAAUGCACACAAGAUAGUGGAGCAUCGCAGGAAGUAUGACAGGCUGAGGAAAGAGAGGGCGGAGAAGAAAGCUGAGCGUGACAGGCUUCGUCGCCGUGCUGAGGCACAGGCUGCUUAUGAGAAGGCCAAGAGGAAGGAGCAAUCAUCAAGCCGCUCUUCAGGAGGCAUGCCUGGUGGAAUGCCCGGUGGCUUCCCAUUCCCAGGAGGCAUGGGUGGAAUGCCUGGUGGCUUCCCUGGAGGGAUGCCUGGUGGUUUCCCUGGAGGUAUGGGUGGUAUGCCUGGAGGAAUGGGGGGUGGUUUCCCUGGAGGAAUGGGUGGAGGUAUGCCCGCAGGAAUGGGGGGCGGUAUGCCCGCAGGAAUGGGAGGCGGUAUGCCUGGAAUGGGGGGUGGUAGAGGAAUGGGAGGUGGUAUGCCUGGAGCUGGGGGUGCUCCCGGUAAUGUUGAUAUGGGUGACAUCUUGAAUGACCCUGACCUGAUGGCAGCAUUUGGUGACCCAGAGGUUAUGGCGGCCCUUCAAGAUGUGAUGAGCAACCCUGCCAACUUGGCCAAGCACCAGGCGAACCCGAAGGUGGGGCCCAUCAUCGCCAAGAUGAUGGCCAAGAUGAACGGGAACCGGUGA